AUGCGAGCUGCUCGAAGAUUGUGGGCAAAGUUAAUAAAAGAAAAAUUCAACGCGACUUCCCAGAAGUCUCUGCUGUUACGCGCACACAGCCAAACGUCCGGUUGGUCUCUGACGGAACAGGAUCCUUACAACAACAUCAUCCGUACGACGGUCGAAGCAAUGGCUGCUGUGUUUGGUGGUACGCAGUCGUUGCACACGAACUCGUUCGAUGAAGCUUUGGGAUUACCGACGAAAUUCUCCGCACGUAUCGCCCGUAAUACUCAACUCAUAUUACAAGAGGAGACGCACAUAACGAAGGUGGCCGACCCAUGGGCCGGGUCGUUUAUGAUGGAAUCAUUAACUGACGAGAUUGAGAAGUCAGCUCUGAAAGAAAUUGAAGAGGUCAGUUUGGUUCACCUGAGUGCGCUUUGA